AUGGCGGGAGACGACCCGUUCGCCUUCCUAGCAACCCAGGAACCCCCUAAACCGCUCCAAUCGUCCAAGUCUGUUAGGCGAUUGAAUUGGGGUGGACGAGACAAGACCGAAAAGGCAGAAAAGACGGAAAAAGCUGGCAGCGAUCAAAAAUCCAAAUGGCGUGAGAAACUGUUCUCCAAGGAUCGAGAUUCGAAACAAGCAGAGGCGACUGAACGCCAGCUGGAUGACUUUCUGGGACACAAUCGCCCCAGGCCGUUACCUGAAUCGCCCAUCGUCGUCCCUCCUGUUGCGAAUUCUACCUUUGAAUCGAGUUCACCGCAACGACGAGACUUGUCUACGCCCCCAUCUCCUCCCAAACAGUAUGUCGCGCUUUCCCCAAAAUCCAGCACUCAGGCUAGCCCACCGAAGCCGAAAACACGACGACACAAAGGGCUGAAAGUGAAAUUCACGGAUCUACCACCAGAGGUCAUGGGAGAAGGUGGUGACGAAUCUGAGGAACCCACGGUGGAAAUAUCGCGCAAGAAGGGACGCCUAACGAAGGAGGAGCCCAAAGUGCAUAUUGAUGGUGCAUAUGAAGACCUCCAAGAUCGCCGGCCGACACUGCCUGAGCUACACUUGGAUACGUCUUUUUCCAGUAGUGCUGCCCCAAAAACACAACCUGAAAACCCUCCAGCCUGGAAGCCUCUAUUGCUAAGUCCGCAGGAUCAAGAUUUUCUCAUGGCAUUGAACUCGGGUGAGCCAGGUUCAAGACUGUCUUUCCGAGCAUCUCCCGAUUCCAAGUCAUUUGCACGCAGGAUACAUGCUCGAAUGCAGGAGGAAGAAGGUCUUGCGUUACAGCACCGUUUAGAACAAGACGACCCCACCUCGCCGACUGAAGCCGAUGAUGAAGUACAUCGCCGACAACAGGAAUCCCUUCCCACUCGUCCGUCAUUCACAUCGCAGCGAUCCCAAGUUUCCCAGCAGUCGCUGAACGUUGAUGUCGCAACGCCUACUUUGUCACUCCGUACUAGUCCAGUCCCGGCUGUUCAUGAUCAGGUCAAAGCCCUUCGACGCGACGAUAUUCCCGAAAUUUUAUCCCCUGGAGGAAGCUCUGCUAGCAGUCUUUCACCAACUACCGAUGAACCUAAAACUGUGUUUCCGCUCCCUGAAGCGUCUCGUGCUCAACCAACCGGCCCUCCUCCACAGUACCAGGCAGCUCCGCCUCCCAGGGUGGCAGCAGAACCUCCCAAGCCUUCCAGUGCCGCCCCAGCACCUCGUUCAGCAAAGAUGACUCUUCGAUCAGUCGCCAAUGCUAUGGGAGACUCUGCGUACCAGGAAUUUACGGCAUAUGUUGAGAGAUUCAAUAGUCUUUACGGGUUGGCUGCAGAAAACGUAAAACCGUUAAUGGAGACAUCGUUCGCUGAGUGGGUGAGAGCUUCCACGUGGUGGUUCCUUCGCGGUCGAUCUGGACUGGAAUCUGCUGUACGUUCGGGACGAAACCCGGACCCAACUGAAGCUAUGCAGGCGGUUGUUGAUCUCGGUAAAGCAUGGUGGAUUUCCACCCAAAUUGUGCCGAAACACCCUGAGUUGACCCGUUACGGUAGAAUGAGCAUUGAUGCAUUGGUCGCAGUGGUCAAUACGACAGGAGACCACAGAAUGGCGGGKUUAGUCAAUCUACAUCAGAAAAUCAUGAAUCAUCUGCGUGCAUUGACCGUAUCCAUGAAACGGAAUCAGAUCUUAACCGCUAUUGCAACUUCCCAAAUCAAUGACCAUCCAAUAGAUACCAACAUCUGGGUGCGGUACCCCUUCUUUGCACCGGAUGUGGCGGCGGCUGUGUCAGGGUCAAAUAGACGCUCUAUGUUGAUUGACUCAUCCUCUCAAUUGGCUAAUACCCCUGAGAUGAUGUUAGKGGGAGAURCGAGCCGAUAUUUCAGCUAUGGGACUAUGUUUGUGGAUGUUUCUCUGGCUAGCGACGACGAAGAUGAUACUUCCCAAUAUUCAAUCCAAUGCGUUUUGUCUAUCAGACGAGACAAAGCUGACUGGUACGUGCUUGCGGCGAUCUCCAGUCAAAGCGAACUUGUCAAUAUUUUGAUCCAAAGCGACCGAAAAAAUGGUCCAACAUGGGACGAUGUUCAAUGGCAGGUAAAGGCGCGGACAAUGACGGUCAAGCUUCGGCGCGGAUUUGAACUGAACGUGGCAUUUUCAGAAAAGGAUUUCAAGAUGCUUUGGAACAUUGUUCAGUAUACGCUGAAGACAGAAAAGAGCCUUAGCCCGGAGGCUGGUGAAAAGAGAAUCUUUCAUGACACUCUCAAAGUGUUUCAGUACAUGGACUCGGGUACGCCAAAAGCCUUCCCCUCGGAACCCUCGCCGCUUUGUCGAAUGGCACUAUUUGAGAAGACUGUUACGUGGACUGAAGGUACGGGAAAGCGUAAAGCUCACCGGGGUUUCCGCCUUUCCGUGGUGACGAAUCCUCAAACCAAAACUCUAAGUAGCGUACAACAUACCUUGGGAUAUGGAGCGCCCAUCGUGUUUGGUUAUCUCCGUGGUGAAAAUGGAUCGCCUGCCUUGUUGCUAAAGUUGAAGGAAGAUUCACGGCCGCGUUCGAUGGUAUUGACUUUUGAUCGAAUCGAGCAGCGAACUCUGAUGCAUUCCCUUCUGCUAGGCAUGCUAGCCAAUGAAAAUGAAGCCACCUCUCCUAAUCUGCCGACUCGUUCAUUUUCGAUAGAAGAGGCCCGUGAUCCUGUGACCGGAGGGCCUGGAAUGUCCCAUCUCAAGUUCAACGCAGGAUCAGUGUCUGUCAUCGACUUAGAUUCAUCAUAUCCUUAUUUUGAUCGCAGCUAUGGCCAACAGGUUCUAUCCGAGAAUCUUCGUGCGCUGAUUAGCACCGACUGGGGCACGGUCACGGAUCGUAUCAAUCUGGGUCCUGGGGAAAUGAAAAUUGGGCUGGAUCCCAAUGCUAACACUACAUUCACUAUGUACCGUGCACGCCAGGAGGACAUGACUGUGGCUAUUGCAGAGAACCUCGUGGAGAAAGAGCUGCCGGACCGCUUGACGCAAUUUUUAGAGGCAUCAAAGACUAAGCCUACAAUUCGGCGUUUCGAGUUUAGCUCCCUUGAGAACCUACACAAGUUCGAAGAGAUGAUGACCGGGUUCCGCGUCGUUUACGACGGGGUUGCCACAAGCUUCGCCAUUGCUCGUCGACGCAUGGUUGUUCCGAUCCACAAGAAAUGGGAAGCGAGCGGAGUGCGAUUACAGCUGGUAGUGCAGAACAAGACCAUCCAACUACUGGCUUUCUUUGGCAGCGAUUUCAGUCAUGGCAGAUGUAUGAAUUUCUUAUUAAGAGGGACCGACAACUACGAGAGCUCCAGCCGGUCUGGAAAAUGUACCGUCCGAAUUGUUGAUGCAAAGUUUGCCCUUCCCAAGAAAGAUGAAGAAGAGGCAUCCGGAUUUGUCUGCUUGGAUAUGCUUGAAUAUGCCACUGAGCAUGACGAUAUUACCAUUGGGUUUGAUUCCGAGCAAGGUAUGACUAUCUAUGAUUCCUUGACUGCCUUCGCUAAUAGUGUGCAGAUCGCAGCAAAUUUCUUCAAUGUCUGCCAGGCUCCGCCCGAGAGCCUGCGCGAAUGGCAUCCAUGCGCAGAUGAAAUCCCAACUAAGCAAGAAAUCGAAUGA